CAACACAAGUAACCUGCCCAAGCACAAAGUUCACAGCUGACUCUCCACCUUCUCAGUUCACAAAGCUGGACAGUCCCUAUUAACAGAGCGGGCCGGCUAAGGAUCUGAAUUCCAGGCAAUUUUCAACAUGGAUUCAAGUGAAUUCCGGAGGAGAGGGAAGGAGAUGGUGGAUUAUAUAGCUGACUAUCUGGAAGGCAUUGAGAGAUAUCCAGUGUACCCUGAUGUGGAACCUGGCUACCUUCAGCCCCUGCUCCCCACCGCUGCCCCCCAGGAACCAGAAACAUAUGAGGACAUAAUCAAAGACAUUGAGAAGAUAAUCAUGCCAGGGGUAACACACUGGCAGAGUCCCUAUUUCUUCGCCUACUUCCCCACGGCUUGCUCUUACCCAGCCAUGCUUGCAGACAUGCUGUGUGGGGCUAUCGGCUGCAUUGGCUUCUCCUGGGCUGCAAGCCCAGCGUGCACAGAGCUGGAGACAGUGAUGAUGGAUUGGCUGGGGAAGAUGCUGGAGCUGCCAGAGGCCUUUUUGGCUGGAAAAGCCGGUGAAGGGGGAGGAGUGAUCCAGGGAAGUGCCAGUGAAGCCACCUUGGUGGCCCUACUGGCUGCUCGGACUAAAGUGAUCCGCCAGAUGCAGGCAGUCUCCCCAGAAUUAACCCAAGCUGCUAUCAUGGAAAAGCUGGUGGCUUACACUUCAGAUCAGGCCCACUCCUCUGUAGAAAGAGCUGGAUUAAUUGGUGGAGUCAAAUUAAAAGCAAUUCCUUCGGAUGACAACUUUUCCUUGAGAGGUUCUGCCCUUCAGGAGGCCCUGGAGCAAGACAAGGCAGCUGGCCUGAUUCCAUUCCUUGUGGUUGCUACACUGGGAACCACAUCUUGCUGCUCUUUUGACAAUCUCCUAGAAGUGGGUCCCAUCUGCAACCAAGAGGGCAUAUGGCUGCACAUUGAUGCCGCGUAUGCGGGCAGUGCCUUUAUCUGUCCUGAGUUCCGGUAUCUUCUGAAUGGUGUGGAGUUUGCAGAUUCCUUCAACUUUAACCCCCACAAAUGGCUUUUGGUGAAUUUUGACUGCUCUGCCAUGUGGGUGAAAAGGAGAACCGACUUAACAGGAGCCUUUAAAAUGGACCCUGUUUAUCUGAAGCACAGUCAUCAGGAAUCCGGCCUCAUCACUGACUACAGGCACUGGCAGAUCCCACUAGGGCGGAGGUUUCGCUCUUUGAAAAUGUGGUUUGUUUUUAGAAUGUACGGAGUCAAGGGACUGCAGGCUUACAUCCGCAAGCAUGUGAAGCUGUCCCAUGAGUUUGAGUCUCUGGUACGCCAGGACCCUCGCUUUGAGAUCUGCACGGAAGUCAUUCUUGGGUUGGUCUGCUUCCGGCUAAAGGGCUCCAACCAGCUGAAUGAAACCCUCUUACAAAGAAUAAACAGUGCCAAAAAAAUCCACUUGGUUCCCUGUUGUCUCCGAGACAAGUUUGUGCUGCGCUUUGCUGUGUGUGCUCGCACUGUGGACUCUGCCCACGUGCAGCUGGCCUGGGAGCACAUCAGAGAGUUGGCAAGUGGUGUGCUAAAAGCGGAGAAGGAGUGAAAGCAGAGCUGCUUCAGAGAUUAAAAGUUAAAAAGAAGUACACCGAAAACUGGAAUGAGACAAAAAUAACCACCACCUUGUGUUCAUGAAAUCAUGCUUCUAUGUGGCCUUGUGUGUGUCUCCAAACUUAAUCAGAAACCUAUGAUUGACUUUUGGGUGACUUAUCAAUGAAGAAGUAUUUUCUGUAUUAUCGAGGGAGAAAUAUUUUUUGUGUGGAAAGCUAAUGUCAGUGGCUCUAGCUUUUGUUCUUUAUGUGGCUGUGAUUUUUGUUAAUAAAAUGUCUUUGUGCUUAUAAAGCCAUUGGUGGCAGGACAGGCUUAUAGAAAUAUUAUCCAGGGCAAUCUUUGGUCUUAACUUCAGAUUGUAUCUAUGGUUGUCUUCUGUGUGGCUAAAUGCUUAAUAAACAAUCAGUGUGCAAUAUUAA